CAAAUUUGGAUUUGAAGAAAAUUGAAAGUGGUAUUUAAUUUGAAGUCAUAAAUGUUUGGAAGUGGGUAGUUUGGGGAGAUGUAGCAGAUGAACCUAUAUGCAUAAAUCUUUACUCCUUGACAUGGACUCUUCAUCUGGUGGUGACCAGCAAUUUGAGAUGUCUCAGCCUGGCAACCUGCGAGCUAAGUUCACUGGAGGGAACUCCUCCGCUAGGGCUUCCGGGCCCAUGGUGAAGAAGCUCCGGAUGACCAAGAAGGCCAUCGGGACAACAUCCAAAUCCACUGCCAAAGGGAAGGAUCAGAGCCCCGCUGCCCAGGCCAAUGUACCUCCGCCUCCGCCAGUGGAGAAGAUGCUCCCGCCCCCUCCACGAGCUCAGUCCCCUGCUAGGGACAUGGAGGCGGAGGCCGGGACUACGAUGGUCGUAGUCCCAGAGGUGCGCAUCCCCGUGGACCCCCGGGCCCUAGAGAAGAUUCCUGACGUCUUCCGGGGGACGGUGUAUGAGACGGCGAGCUACGCCGUCGACCACUUCUACCGCUUCACUGAGAGAGAGCUGCGGGCCAUCGAAACAAGGAGCCCGGAUGGUGUGAUGGAAUCUUCAUUGGGCAUGGCCCUAACGGUAAGCUGACUUUACCCUUUUAGGAUUUUUGAUUAUCAUGCCUUGCCCUGU